AUGAUUAAUAUACAACCAAGAACAAGAGAAUAAAGAGUAAAAAUUGAAGAUUAUUUUAUAUUAGGAAGCUCAAAAAGAUAAGGAUUUAAUUGAAAAGACUAGAAUUGAUUAAAGAGGUGAAUAUUAUAAUUUAUAUUGUAGUUGGAUAUGAAGCAAGAGGUUUAGGAGUUGGAAACUUGAUACAUCAUGCACCACCUUAAUCAUCACUUUAUGUUCCUGGUAAGUGUUUUAAAUAUUUAAAGAAAAUGAGAGAUUUGAUAAGGAUUUUGCUAUUGCUGAUAAGAAAUAGAGAGAAAUGUAACUUUAAUAGAAAGAAUAAGUUAUAGAAAAGAAAAGAAUGGAAGGACUAGAUAGAGAAACAAAAAAAUGGGAAUAUUAAGAGAAACAAGAAUAAAAAGAUUAAUAAAAACUAAUCAAUCAUACACAAGCUUUAACUUAAGGAAAGAGAAAUUAAAAUGGGUAUAAAUUCAAAAUUAUAAUUAUUAGAUUAGCUUAUAAUCCUAUUACUUUAUAAUAUGAUAAGACUUAAUAAGGAAAUAUAUUAAAGGAAUAGGAUGAUUAGGCAAAGGUUCGUCAAUAUGUUAGAGCCUAAAAUCUAGAUUAAAAAGGGAAUGCUGGAUUUAAUAUUUUGACAGGAGAAUCUCGUAAUGGAGUUGAAUAGAUUGUACCAAAUCAUUUGAAAAAUCAAUAUUAAUAAAAAUUGAGAGAUCAUGAGUAACAUUUAAAAAUUUAAACUCAAUCUUAAUUUAACAAUUGA